AUGCUGAGGGCAGGAGUCCAUAACCGAGCCCUCACCUGCUCUGGGCGACCCCGGAAUCCCCUCGGGCUCCCACCCAGCUCUACGCCAGGGUCUCGGGAGGCCAGGGACGACCUACCCACCCAGCUCUCCAGGGGGGACCCCGAACCCUCGGCGGGAGGGCCUGGUGACCCGGCUUCCGGAUACCACGUGUCCCCGCUGUCGGCCUGCGGACGGACGGAAGCACCAGGGCACCGCGGGCACCAGCGCCUGCCCAUCGGCUCCAAAGAGCGGACCCCGUCGGCCGCCCGGCCCCGACUCGGGCUCGCACCGCGCCCGCCGUCCUCCCGCUGCGCCGCGGCCCCGCCCAGCUCGGGGGCGGGGAGUCCGCCCAGGGCCGGGCGUCGAGUCCCGGGGCGGGGGCGCGGGGGCGCCGAACGUCCUGCCGGCACCGCGGAGCCGCCCGGGCCCGGGGACGCCGCGCAGAGCCGAGGCGCGGACGGAGCGCGGCCGGGACGGGCGCGGGCGCGCGCGAGCAAGCGCCGGCGGCGUGAGGGCGCGGCGCAGGUGCGGCCGUGCGCCGACGCGGCGGGCCGUACGCACGCACGCGCGCGCGCACGCAGGGGCCGCGGGGGCAGGCGCAGGCGCGGUGGGGACGAGGAGGGCGCGGCGCAGGCGUAUUGGCCGCGCGGGCGAUGGGCGGGGUGUGGACGGCGCUGCGAUGGCUGCCCGCGGGUGUCGGACCGGCGAAGCCCCCGGCGCCUCUCAGAGCCCGGCCUCCUGACGCCGCCAGUGGGCGGGGUCGCCCGGGCCGCCGCCGCCGCUGUCAUGUAUCCGCCGCCGCCGCCGGCGCCGCAUCGGGACUUCACCUCGGUGACGCUGAGCCUCGACCAGAGCUACGACGGCAGCAAGAGCUGGCGGCGGCGCUCGUGCUGGAGGAAAUGGAAGCAGCUGUCGAGGUUGCAGCGCAACGCGAUCCUCUUCUUCCUCUCGUUUCUCGGGCUCUGUGGGCUCCUGUCCUGCAUCAGCGCGGCCGACCAGUGGAGAGCCGUGAACAGCAGGUCAGCGGAAGAGCGCAAGGCGAGACCAGCAGAUCCGCCCGUCUUGCCGGCCCCUCACAAGGCAGAUGCUCACCCAGACAGCUCGCGGGGGGUUUCACCCCAGAAGCCUCAGAGGCAUUUCCGGCGGGGACCACCCCACCUGCAGAUCAGAGCCCCCGAUAAAGACCCGAAGGAGCAGAGGCAGGAUGACGCCGGGCGGAGGGACGAGGUGGUGGGCGACGCUCGUCAGGAAGAAAGCACGCAGAGAACGGUGGUCAGCUGGAGGGGCGCGGUGAUCGAGCCCGAGCAGGGCACCGAACUUCCUUCGAGAAAGGCACAGGGCCCCCCCACCAAGCCUCCCUCGCCGGCCCCCGGGAGUCAGAACCAACCAGCCUCCCCGAACGAGCGUCAGAGGGCCGUGAUAGACGCCUUCCGCCACGCGUGGACCGGAUACCGCAAGUUCGCCUGGGGCCACGACGAGCUGAAACCCGUGUCCAGGUCCUUCAGCGAGUGGUUUGGCCUGGGACUUACGCUGAUCGACGCCCUGGACACCAUGUGGAUUCUGGGCCUGAAGAAAGGUAUCUGCUCGUGCCCUCGCCGGCGGCCAAGUGCCCCCGGCGCGUGUGACGCUCGGGCGCGGGCGUGAGCGAGCCGUGCCCCG